AUGGAAGGCACUAUGGUUUUGGCCGAGUAUACCGAGUUCACUGGUAAUUUCCCGUCGAUUGCAGCUCAGUGUCUCCAGAAGCUUCCUUCCUCCAGCAACAGCAAGUUCACUUACAACUGCGAUCACCAUACCUUCAAUUUCCUCGUCGAAGAUGGCUACGCAUAUUGUGUUGUGGCGAAAGAUUCUCUUAGCAAGCAGAUUUCGAUCGCAUUUCUGGAGCGUGUGAAAGCUGAUUUCAAGAAAAGAUAUGGGGGUGGAAAAGCAAGUACAGCUAUCGCCAAAAGUCUGAACAAGGAGUUUGGGCCGGUCAUGAAAGAACACAUGAAGUAUAUUGUUGACCAUGCAGAGGAGAUUGAGAAGCUAAUAAAAGUCAAGGCUCAAGUUUCGGAAGUUAAAAGUAUAAUGUUGGAGAAUAUUGACAAGGCAAUCGACAGAGGGGAGAAUCUAACUGUUCUUACUGACAAAACCGAGAAUCUACGCUCUCAGGCGCAGGAGUACAAGAAACAAGGGACACAAGUGAGGAGGAAACUGUGGUACCAGAACAUGAAGAUAAAACUCGUGGUUCUUGGUAUCUUUCUACUGCUUGUUCUCAUAAUCUGGCUUUCGGUUUGUCACGGUUUUAACUGCACAGACUGA